GUACCACUGGACUGUUCCAUGGUAGAAGGUAGGAUUGUAGCCGUGUUGUCCCGCCACUGGCCGGUAGGUGGCGCGGUUUCCUUCGGCACUUUCUUUGUUUUUCCCCCCAUCUCUCGUCUCUUGCUCGAGCUCUGUAUCAAAACGGAGGUUUGACUCAUUAAAAAAGGAGGAAAAAACAACACACAUCUUGCGUGAUGGCGGAGGACAGUGAGUCCGCGGCCAGUCAGCAGAGCCUGGAGCUGGACGACCAGGACACCUGCGGGAUAGACGGAGACAACGAAGAGGAGAAUGAGCAUAUGCAGGGCAGUCCAGGGGGAGAUCUGGGGGCCAAGAGGAAGAAGAAGAAGCAGAAGAGGAAGAAAGAGAAGCCAAGCUCGGGUGGAGCCAAGUCUGACUCUGCCUCCGACUCUCAGGAGAUUAAGAACCCUGGUUUGCCCAUUCAGAAGUUGCAGGAUAUCCAAAGAGCCAUGGAGCUGCUGUCCUGCCAGGGUCCUGCAAAGAGCAUCGACGAGGCAGCUAAGCACAAGUACCAAUUUUGGGACACUCAGCCUGUGCCAAAGCUAAAUGAAGUUGUGACGAGCCACGGGCCGAUUGAAGCUGACAAAGAAAACAUCAGACAGGAGCCAUAUUCCUUACCUCAAGGCUUUAUGUGGGACACGCUGGAUCUCAGCAAUGCAGAUGUACUGAAGGAGCUGUAUACACUGUUAAAUGAAAACUAUGUGGAGGACGACGAUAACAUGUUCAGAUUUGAUUAUUCACCAAACUUUCUCAAAUGGGCUCUGCGUCCACCUGGCUGGUUACCACAGUGGCAUUGUGGAGUGAGAGUGUCCUCCAAUAAGAAGCUCGUUGGCUUCAUCAGUGCCAUCCCUGCAGAUAUACGCAUCUAUGACACGCUGAAGAGGAUGGUAGAAAUCAACUUCCUUUGUGUCCAUAAGAAGCUGCGUUCAAAGCGUGUCGCUCCUGUGCUCAUCAGAGAGAUCACACGGAGGGUGAACUUGGAAGGAAUAUUUCAGGCGGUAUACACAGCUGGAGUUGUGCUGCCCAAACCUGUGUCCACAUGCAGGUAUUGGCAUCGUUCUUUGAACCCCAGAAAACUUGUGGAAGUGAAAUUCUCCCACCUGAGCAGAAACAUGACCCUGCAAAGAACCAUGAAACUCUACAGACUACCAGAUACCACCAAAACUCCAGGUCUGCGACUGAUGGAGAGACAUGACCUCCGCCAGGUCACCGAGCUGCUACAGAAAUACCUGAAACGUUUCCAACUUGCACCUUCUAUGGGGGAAGAGGAGGUGGCUCACUGGUUUUUGCCACAGGACAACAUAAUUGACACAUAUGUAGUAGAGGGGGCUGGAGGCAUCCUGACAGAUUUCACUAGUUUCUACACUCUGCCCUCGACUGUGAUGCAUCACCCUCUCCAUAGGAGCCUGAAGGCCGCUUACUCUUUUUACAACGUUCAUACACAAACCCCGCUACUGGACUUAAUGAAUGAUGCACUGAUCCUGGCUAAACUGAAAGGUUUUGAUGUGUUCAAUGCCUUGGAUCUAAUGGAGAAUAAGGUGUUCCUGGAGAAACUCAAGUUUGGCAUAGGAGAUGGAAAUCUUCAGUAUUACCUCUACAACUGGAAGUGUCCCCCCAUGGACCCCGAUAAGGUUGGCCUCGUCCUUCAGUAGCACGACCCUUCAAGGCCGGCUACACAAAAAUACUGAUGCGGAGGUUUUCAGUGACCUCUGGCUAUUCCUUACCUGGACAUACAGGUCGCCCAAGCUAGACAAUGAAAACUACAACAGUUACACCAACCUGGUGACCGGGCGGCGGUUCACCCGGCACUUGUGUCAUCGAGAACAUUCUCAGUUCACCUGGAUCUGAAAACUCUUUAUCAUCAACAUCAUGAAUGUGAAGUCAUGCUAUGCCUGAGAUACUCAUACAGUACAACGCUCCUGACACGAUCAUUCACAUCUAAAACUCACCAGUUUGACAUUCAAAAAGGAUGCCUUGACAUUUGUGAAUUAUUGUUUAGCUCUUCCUUCAGCAGACACUUUGUUACAAAGGAACAGGUGUGUCAUUUAACUUCACUGAGGGAAAAAUGUAAAUCAUAAUCAGCAAAUAAACAUAGUCAGAUAUUCUUGGCGACUUUUUCUAAUUUUGGUAAUCCUGUCCAGACGAUUAGUUAUUGUAUUCCCACUGCAACUGAACAAUUAUUAUUCCCAUGUGUUCUCAUGUUAAUGGGGUCAUGAAUUGUCUCUGCUGGCUGUUUUGAGGCCUCAGUAGAAUUAGAGAUACUGGGGUUUUUCUUUGAUUAGAUUUUUUUUCCCUUCAAACAUUCUGAAGAUAUAUCAUGUCUUUAACUCAGAUAACAACUGGGAUGGCGCUCAGCAGAGUGCAUUCCUCCGCCAAGGCCCAGCAGUCUCCAAAUAUAUUCAACCAAGCCACACCAAAUUGCACACACACAUAGAUAUCAGUCCCCUAAAUACGAUCGAUUUUUUUUCCCCCCAGCAAGAUCUAUAAAUAAUUCCCUGGGUGAAAAUGUAAAAAAAACCCUGCUUUCUCGCAAUGUUUAAGAAAUGUCCCGUAAUCCUGCUGACCAACCAACCAACAAACAGACACGGGCGAAAAAACAACAUCCUUUGGGGAGGUAAAUAUGCAGAAAAGAAGGACUAAUCCAACGGCUGCAUUAAUAUACUUCUUUUUGUUAAAAUAUAUAGUUACCUGUACAUUCAGAGCCAGAUCAUAUUUAUUCCUGUAGUGUGCAUUUGGGGGUGUAGGGAGGGCUGAUCCAAAGGAUGCUCCUCUGAAGUAGCGUAGUUGUCACUGAGUUUGUUGCGACAGUUGUGGGUUCAAGGUGUUUUGAUGAAGAAUUUAUUGCAUCAAUGAAGCACAAUUUUUUGAGUUCUGUAAAAGCAAACGGGCCCUUAAAGUGUCGAACAGCCCAGAUCAGAUGGGUUGCAGAACAUACUGUAAACCUUUUUUUUUUUUUUUUUCCCGCACAAAGGAUGUAAGCUGUUUUGACACUAUAAACCUGUUUGUAGAGAUGUUUUUUUUUUAUUACAACUCUCAAACAAUAUGUUAUGUGGUUAUUAUAACUGAUGUGCUCAUGCAGAUCUUUAUAAUAACAAACACAGCAUUGAAUUGAUUGCAUGUCAGUGGUUUGCUGUCCAGUUUAGUUAGCAAGACAAGGAAGAAGUGCUCAAGUAGGGCAGUGAGAGUUUGGGCUGGAAACUAAACGGUCAUUGCUUCUGUUUGGAGACAGUUUUAUAGUGUUGAAAUUGUUUAUUUGCCUUGAAGGAGUGCAUGUUCUCAGUUUAGUCACAAUUAAAGCAGCCAAAAUCGGUUUUAUUUUGGUAAUUUAGUCAUCGCCACACCGUCGCUUGCAGAGAAUUUAUUACCUCUAUCUGUUGCAAUGCAAAAAAAACAACAAAAACAAGCUGCCCCAGUAAAACUGCAGAAGUCCAACGCUGUGGUCGUAAGCAUUUCUGAACAUAUAUGUAGGCAACCAUCCAUCCACUCACCUGCAGUAAGAUGUUUAAUGUGUCCUUAAUCAAACUCUCAAUUGAAUGAAACAGAGAAUUGAGCACAACUCUCAGAGGGUCUGAAGAAACAUCCAAAUGCGUGCAGUCACAUCACAGUGGGUGACUCAACAAAAGCCUGUAACGGCAUCAAUUUGAAAACGAGAGCAUUUCCUGUGUUUUCAGGUGCAUUUUUAUUGACUUUGUUUUUAAUGGUACUGUAUUUUGUGUCUGAAAAAUAUAAUGUAGUUUUUUUUUGUGUUGUGCAGCUAAAUGCGUGGAACAUUUCUGAUAUUUAUAAUUGUACUUUGCAAAAUGUCUUAAGACAUACUUCUUAUCCCUUUUCUUUCCAGUAUUUCCCUAAGAUUUCCAUUUAAAUGGUCGACUUCAAAGCAGUUGCUUUGAGUGUUUGGAGUGUUUGGCAGCUCCCAUGUGCUCGACUGAGCAGGAUUAGGAUGUUUGAUGAAACGCUGUUGUUACACCACUUGUUUAUUCAAAGGGUAUAAAUGUUUUUAAAAUGGU